AUGGCCAAAUUAGAGUUGGCCACAUUGGAUACAGAGUUUAACAAGGUUUGGAAUGAAUUAAAGUUACAAAAUUUGGAUUCAGAAAAGGUAAUUUAAUAUCUUUUUAGCAUUUUAUGUUUAGAAAGAAGCCGAAGAGUCAUUGAAGCUCGCCAAGACCGGUCGAAAACUACAGAGACUAUUAUGCACACCACAGAGAAUCAGGAAAAGGUUGAGAGGAAGAAGCUUCUCUGAGCAAAAACAUUUUGUUGUUACUGUCAGCAAAAGUAAGAUUACUGUAGUUUUAGGGAUGAAGUAUACUGUAAUUUGGAGGCUUUGUUCAUUGUAUGUUUUCAGUAAAGUAUGAGGAAGGUAACGAGUUACAUUGGAACAUACUGAAACGAAUAUAUCAGAAGAUAGUGGACUGUGAAGAUGAGCCAGCGAGAUUCGGAAAACAUUGGGAAACUGUCGGCUUUCAAGGUUCGUACUGUACUAUCAACCAAACAAAAACUACGUAAUGACAAUGUUUUGUUAUCACUUUUAUAAAACGUAUGCUGUUGAUUGUUUUGCAUCCAGUACUUUGUUGUAGGAGAAGACCCGGCCACUGAUUUGCGAGGAGCGGGCUUGUUCGGGUUAUGCCAAUUACUUUAUUUGGUAACGGAAGGCAUUGAUAAGGAACGAUUGGAACGGCUGAAAACAUUUGCAAACGAGGAAAACAAUGUAAGUAACCUUUGGCUGAUGUAACUGGUCGAUGGAAUUUAAUCAACAAUUAAACAAACUGCUGUCGGACUGUUUUUUGAUUGGUGAUAAGGACUAACAAUUCGUCAGAUAACAAUGAAUAAAAGUUUAGAGUAGCAUAAUUAAAUUAAAAUUAAUUUAAAGAGUUUAAUGUUGAAAUGAAAAAAGUAUUUCAGGGUUUCCCAUUGGCUGUUGUUGGCAUUAACUUCAGUUUUAUCUUACUGAAUCGUUUACGGAAAGGUGACUUUGAUAGGUGAGUAAUCUGUUUUUGAUCAUAAUGUGAUAAAAUUGUUCAAGAGUAACUACAAAACUCAAUUUUUGAAAUUUUAAAAGCUAUUUCUUUCUCCACUUUCUAUUUAUCUUUUGGCCAGACGAGUGUUAUGACAUAAAGCUAAACAGGUAAUAAACGUUUCUGAUAAAACAAAUUUAAUAUAAGGGUUUCAUGAUAAUAGUUAUCUGUUUGUUUUUGAUUACCUUGUUUUUCAGUUUACACUUUGAUCUGAUUUCUCAUCUGAACCGUCUUUAUCGUGCCUGUUUCAUCGAAUUCGAGCGGUUUUGGAGCGAAAAACAGCGCACGAUUGCGGACUUCGGCCAGAUUCUGAAGCGAAUCAAGAAGGGAGUGAAGAAGCCGAAGAGGUUCUUGGAGACACGGGAAUAA